GAACGAACUAAGAAUCAAGAAAACAGUGUAAGCUGAAUGUGUUACUGUUCCAAAAGGCGUCAUAAUGGAUAUAACGUAAUUUAUGAAGAGGAAAAUCCAGCCUGAACUAUGUUUCAAUUAUUCAGGAGAUUUUAAAGUAUGGCUUCAAAAACUGCUGAGCGUUGUAAGUUGUGGCGCGAAAAGCGGAAAGAUGAUGCCGAAUAUUGGGAGCAGGAGCGGAUACGAAAACGAAACGCAAGACGAUUGCGUUCUGCUGAGAAAAAAGAACAUGAUAGAGAACUGAGUAGAAAAAGACAGACGAAAUUCAGAGAAAGAAAGAAGGUAGUGUCCAAGGUAAAUACGACUCAGUUGGAAGUACAUGAAGCAACUGGUGACUCCGGAAACAUAGAAAUUAUUGAUAACACCGGAAGUACAUCGAUUUCCUCAGAUGAUGUAUCAUCUCAAUCAAGUUUCCAUGUCACGGACACGGUUUCAAAAUUAUUUUUGGAUCCUGACAGCAAGGACAGUGACUCGGAUGAAUCUUCAGAUAAUAUGAUUUUGGAAAAGGAUGCUAUGAAUGACGAAGAUUGUCAUAUGAUUCUGCAGAAUUUGAAUGGCCACAGGUUGGCAGUAGUAAACACCCCUACUCUUAAAAAUGAUCAAAGCAGAACGGAAGAAGAAAUUAACGAGAUUAAACAAAGACAAGACACACGGCAUGCUUACUUUAAAGCACUACAAAUUGCAUUGUCUCAUAAUGACGACUUUGAUUCCAUGAGAAACCAAUGUAAUUCAUAUGCACAGCACAUUGAUAAGACAUAUCCUAUAGGUGAUCUUCCCGUACUUGACGGAGAAAAUUACAAACAGGAUUGGGUAGCGUCAAGUCUUUACCCUUGUGAUGACGCCCCGGACAACCACGUCCCAAUAAAAACAGGUGUUGAUGGCAAUUGUCUUCCAAGGAUUGGAAGUUUAUUCGUGUUUGGCAAUGAGAAACAACAUGUUGAAUUCAGAGUCAGGAUAUUCAUGGAGUUGUGCCGGUUUGAGGAUACGUACUUGGACAAUUCAUUUUUGAACAGAGGUUCAGAAACUCCUUUAGACGAUAUCGCAAUGGCUCUGGCAUUGUAUUCAGAUGUUUAUGUUCCACGUGGGAAAGACAAAUGUCGUUUUGCUUUCCGACAGUAUGUGAAAAGUGUUCUUCAGACCAACAGUUUCAGUGGCAUGUGGAGCAUAUUCGGUCUGGCUAGCGUCAUUGGUGUGCCGAUAUUUUCAAUAUAUCCAUCUUAUGGCGGACACAAUGUUAGACGGCAUCUCCAUCGAAAGGUUAUUCCACGAGUCUUUCGUCAGGACAACAGUCGACUUAUCCAUAUUAUGUGGACAAAUACUGUGGGAAACCAACAGAGUCCCAUUGCCUGGACUCCAAACCAUUUUGUAGCCGUUCUUCCGACACAGGACACCAUUCAAUCAAUCAGAGAGACAGCUCUUGAAUUAGCAACACCAACACAGAAGAGUGGAAUUCAAGCAUGUACAAACGAAACUGGGUCCAAUAUGCAGAAAGAAUUUUUGCCGACGCCUCCCACGAGCAAACCGACGAAAGCUCGUCAUGUCGAGAUGGUGGAGAGUCCUACUUCCGCAUUCCUUCAACACGUGGGCAUGGAUGAUCCAUCGUUUCCUGUCUCCAAAGAUAAAGCAUCUGACAGAGAUACCGUGUUAAAUCAGUCUAGACAAGAUGUGUCUUUACAACAGGAUAUUGUGCCAUAUGCUUUAGCUGAUCAAACGGGCGAAGGAAAACACAGACAUGAAUAUAUAUGUCUUUCACAUCCCGGAGAAGACCUUGUCUACCUAUGCAUUGAAUGCAAAGAACUACCAUUAUGCUAUAAAUGCCAUUUAGAGAAUCAUAUUGGUCACAAUUUAGCUGACUUGAGGACUCAUCUUGUCGAAAAGGAAAACAUGUAUUUAAGAAAACUGGCAUCAACGCGCGAGAGAAUGGUUGAGGAAAUCAAUCAACGAGAAAGGGAUCAUGAAAAACAGACGAGACGGUUACAAAGAGAAAUAAACGAAAUGAAUGAGUUGUAUCAAAAGCAACUGAAUGCAUGGACUGGAGUUCAAAGAGAAAAGGUCAUUGACAGAGACAAAAAGAUAAGGUGUGAAUUAAAAUUUCUAAAAUCACAAUUAGAACAUUUUGACAAGAUGUCAGAGAACACAUUUGGUGAGUUGAAAACAUUACCAUUACCACAGAGACUUUCUGCAAUGUCUGUGAAACCACGGCAAUUGCCUCUAACCGAGUUAUUUCCUCACACAAAUCUUGUGUUUGAUGCUGGACAUGUAUGUCUCACUGAACAGUUAGGUGGUCUUACUGAAAUACAAGACGGAAUUGAAAGUGCAAAAAAUGAUGUACCCAUAACUGGAAAUGCUUCAAAUGGAUCAGUCUUACAUGUACCUAAAAGAAAUGGAAUUCGGGCACAAACGGAGACGUUGGUCAAGAACAAUGGUCAAAAUACGAACACUGGUAAUACCAGUGGGAUCGGUGGUAACGAAGACAUCAUUCGGAUAAUAUCCAGUCAGAAAAGCCAAACACCAAUUCAUUUGUUUAUGAAGCCGACAAUGGAAACGGACCAGCCUUCAAUGAAUGAAUCGUUAUCCGAUGCAACAUUUCUGAAAGGUGGCGCACAUGUCAAUACUGUGCCAAAUCAAGACAGACUAUCCUUAAAGGAACAACAGACUCUUCUGGUUCAUAUCUCUGAUGAGAAAGUGGGCCAUCACGUGAUCACCUGCGAUGAGAGUGUAGUGCAAAACCGUACAGCUGAAUGCCAAGCUAUCGCUAGUCUAGCAAACGGAAUGCCACAGAAUUUUACUAAUCCUCAAGUUGUCAAAAACCAGGUAUACGGACUGUCAAACAGUAGAAAUGAUCGCGACCAGGCUAAAUAUGGAAUUUUACAUCAUACACUCAAUCAACAAGAGGUAACAGAUGAAAAAUCAAACAUUAUAAAGUUACCAUUUCAAAUUUCAUCAAAGGCUGUCAUACAAGUUUCUCUCAUAUCUCGCCAUGUUGGAUAGAGUUUGCCCAUGUAAGAUAGCUAUGUAAGAUAAAUCUACCUUACAUAGCAUUUCACGCGCGCGGAGUAAUCUGCGUUCAAGGGGGACAACUCUUACAACGUCGUGUGCUUGUGUUUACACCCGACAGUCCUUAGAUUUAUUAUAUCGUCGGUGUCGGUUUUGAAACGUUGGAUUUAACUAUAAAAAAAAACAUAUUCUGAGAUAAAUAUAUAUCAUAUCAGCAAUAACACAAUAGGGCUACACGGUUAAACUUAUAAGUCCGAUAAUUACUGUACAGUAGACUAGGCCUACAGGCCUGUUGUAACAGUACAGUACAGUACAGACCGGCCUACCCUACAGGUUUGUCAUUUGCCAUUAAAAACAUACAAACACAUACAAUAGCCUGGCAAUGAUAGGAAGUUGAAUGGCCUAAAAGCCAUAAAUAAAAAAAAAGUUUAUUUAAAAAGAAAAUGUCAAACAUCACAACCGAUGAAAUUAAUGGUUCCGUUUGCGACAGCACAGGGGACUGGAAUUUGUUCACUCUAGACCUACUCAGUAACUUGUGUAUUUGGACAUUGGAAAUUGGCUCUUAAAUGAACGAACAUUCGGUAAAAAUGACACCCCUCGAUGUUCAUAUAAAGAAAUAUUUUUAAAAAUUGUAACACAGAGUCUAUAUUAUAUU